AUGGUGGACGCAGCGACCGCCACACAGUUCCUGGAUUCGAACCCUCAGUUUGCGAAGCAGUACUACGACGCAAACUUCCGGCCCAAAGUGAUCGCCGAGCUCCUGGACAGCGGCCGGAAGAGCGCCGUGGACACCAGGAAGUUCCACACCCUGUCCCGCGUGGAGGAGAGCGAGAUCAUGCUGGACCUGGUGAGGGACAUCCAGGACAACCUCCAGAUGGAGAAGGCCGUGUUCAACCUGAUGAAGCACCUGAGCUUUAUGCUGAGAGCCGACCGCAUGAGUCUGUUCAUGUACAGACAGAGGAAUGGCGUCGCAGAGCUCGCCACCAGGCUGUUUAACGUCCACAAGGAUGCCGUGUAUGACGACUGCCUGGUGCCCCCGGACAGUGAGAUCGUGUACCCUCUGGACAUGGGCAUCGUGGGGCAUGUGGCCACCACCAAGAAGAUGGUCAACGUCAAGGAUGUGACUCAGGAUUCCCAUUUCAGCAGCUUUGUGGACGAGCUGACGGAGUAUUCCACCAAGAACAUCCUGGCAGUGCCCAUCAUGAACGGGAAGGACAUGGUGGCAGUGAUGAUGGCCGUCAACAAACAGGAGGAGCCCCACUUUGAUAAGAAAGACGAGGAGACUCUCAACAAAUACCUGAACUUUGCCAACCUGGUCUUGAGGGUCUUCCACCUGAGCUACCUGCACAGCUGUGAGACCAGGAGAGGGCAGGUUUUGCUGUGGUCGGCCAGUAAAGUGUUUGAGGAGCUGACGGACAUCGAGAGACAGUUUCACAAAGCUCUGUACACGGUGCGAGCCUUUUUAAACUGCGACCGCUACUCUGUGGGACUGCUGGACAUGACCAAGACCAAGGAGUUCUUUGACCUGUGGCCGAUCCUGAUGGGAGAGGUGGCUCCAUACGACGGACCCAAGACUCCAGACGGUCGGGAGGUGAUCUUCUACAAAGUCAUCGACUACAUCCUCCACGGAAAAGAGGACAUUAAAGUCAUACCAUCACCUCCUGCUGAUCACUGGGCUCUGGUCAGUGGUUUACCCACAUAUGUGGCUGAGACUGGACUGAUCUGCAACAUCAUGAACGCAGCGCAGGAUGAGACCUUCUCUUUUCAGAAAGAAGCUCUGGAUGAGUCUGGGUGGACCAUUAAAAACGUGCUUUCGAUGCCGAUUGUCAACAAGAAGGAGGAGAUAGUGGGCGUGGCUACGUUUUACAACAGGAAGGACGGCAAACCCUUCGAUGACAUGGACGAGACUCUGAUGGAGUCUCUGACCCAGUUCUUGGGCUGGUCGGUGCUGAACACUGACACGUACGACCGGAUGAACAAACUGGAGAACAGGAAGGACAUUUUCCAGGACAUGGUCAUGUACCACGUCAAGUGUCGCAAAGACGAGAUCCAGAACAUCCUCAACACCAGAGAGCGCUUUGGCAAAGAGCCCGGUGAAUGUGAAGAGGAGGAGCUACAGGAGAUUCUGUCUGAGGUGCUCCCGGACUCAAAAAAAGCCGAGAUCUUGGAGUUUCACUUCUGCGACUUCGAUCACAGUGAACUGGACCUGGUCAAAUGUGGCAUCAAAAUGUACUACGAGCUCAAGGUGGUCGAUAAGUUCCACAUCCCCAGAGAGGUUCUGGUGAGGUUCAUGUAUUCUGUGAGUAAAGGCUACAGGCGCAUCACCUAUCACAACUGGAGACACGGGUUCAACGUGGGACAGACCAUGUUCACUCUGCUCAUGACUGGAGACUUGAAGCGUUACUACACAGACCUGGAGUGUAUGGCCAUGGUGACGGCUGGAUUCCUUCACGACAUCGACCACAGAGGAACCAACAACCUCUACCAGAUGAAGUCUGGAAACCCUCUGGCGAAGCUGCACGGAUCCUCCAUUUUGGAAAGGCACCAUCUGGAGUUUGGGAAGACGCUGCUCAGAGACGAGUCUUUAAACAUUUAUCAAAACCUUAAUCGGCGCCAACACGACCUCGUCCUUCACCUGACGGACAUCGCCAUCAUCGCCACGGACUUGGCCCUGUACUUUAAAAAGAGGACCAUGUUUCAGAAGAUCGUGGAUCAAUCCAAAACCUACGAGAACUGGAACGAGUGGACCAAGUACAUGCAGCUGGAGAUCACACGCAAAGAGAUCGUCAUGGCCAUGAUGAUGACAGCGUGUGAUCUGUCCGCCAUCGCUAAACCCUGGGAGAUCCAGAGCAAGGUGGCGCUGUCGGUGGCGGCUGAGUUCUGGGAGCAGGGAGAUCUGGAGAGGACGGUUCUGGAGCAGCAGCCCAUCCCGAUGAUGGACAGAAACAAAGCAGACGAUUUGCCCAAACUUCAGUGCGGUUUCAUCGAUUUUGUGUGCACUUUUGUUUACAAGGAGUUCAGUCGUUUCCACGUGGAGAUCACUCCGAUGUUCGACCGGAUCAUGAACAACAGAAAAGAAUGGAACGCUCUGAAGGAGGAACACGAAGCCAAGAUGGCCGCCAUCGAGGCAGAGAAGAAGGCCAAAGAGGAGGCGGCUCAGAAGGCAGCAGCCGCCAGGCAAGCGGAGGCGGCUCAGUCUAAGACGUGUGUUCUCAGUUGA